AUGGUUGCUGCUGGAAUUGUUUACCUCCUGACUUUCUCGUUACUUUAUGAACUGAAACUGGAUAUUUGUACUAAUAAUGAGAAUGCAUGCUGCGACUCUGCACAAGACUUGAGCCUGGAGGAGCAAUCUGCAGCUAUGAAUAUGUCUGAUCCUGAGUGUGCUAGUCUCAUGAAGCCAAUCAUAGUGCACUUUAAUUUGUGCAACUUCACUUGCAUUGGGAAAGUGCAUCAGCCCAAGGAUAAAAGAUCAACUGACUUCUGCUCUAAGGUCUGGGAGAAAUGUGCGAAUGCGUCCAUUAUGCACUCCCCAUUUUCUGUAUUUGAACAUCUGAAUCAUAGCUUGCCAUCUCAGUCUUCACCAUCCAAGUUGAUGCAUCAUUGGCCAUCAAAGGACGCCUUCUGUGAAACGUAUAGUAGGUCCUUGAAUGGCUUGGGUGUCUGUUUCCAUAGAAAAACGGGUUCGCUUGGUAUUGCUGAAGCUCCUCAGGCCCCAAUUAGGGUCUGCCUUGACAAAAUUGGCAAUGGAUCUUACAUUAGCAUGGUUCCACACCCUGAUGGCUCUAACCAUAUCUUUUUGUGCAACCGACAAGGUAAGGUAUGGAUUGCCACUGUUCCCGAGGAUGGAUCUAAUGGAAUGUUGGAGCUUGAUGAAUCCAAGCCCUUUCUAGAUAUAACUGAUCAAGUGCAUUUUGAUGACCAAUUUGGGUUUACUGGAAUGGCUUUCCAUCCUAAUUUUGUGAAUAAUGGUCGUUUCUUUGUUUCAUACAAUUGUGAUAAAGAACGAAAACCUGGAUGCUCGGGCAGAUGCUCCUGUAACUCGGAAGUUAAUUGUGAUCCAGCAACACUUCCAGUUGAGAGUGGCAUUGAACCAUGUCAGUAUCAAACUGUGGUAGCAGAGUUCACAGCAAAUAGUACUGCAUCAACACCUUCAUUGGCAGAAGUUGCUAGUCCAUUAGAAGUGAGGAGGAUAUUUACAAUGGGACUUCCGGAUAAGGGAGUUCAUGGAGGCCAGAUUCUCUUUGGCCCUGCGGAUGAGUUUUUGUAUGUAAUGACUGGAAUUGGUACACAUCGAGGGGAUCCUUACAAUUUUGCACAAAACAAGAGAUCAUUGCUCGGAAAGAUCUUGAGGAUUGAUGUGGAUAAAAGGCUAACAGGAAAGGAAGUGCAUGAGCAAGGGCUUUGGGGAAACUACUCAAUACCAAGAGAUAAUCCGUACAAAAAUGACACGCAAUUAGCGCCUGAAAUCUGGGCGUUGGGUCUUAGAAAUCCUUGGCGUUGUAGUUUCGAUUCAGAAAGACCUUCCUACUUCCUAUGUGGAGAUGCUGGACAGGAUCAGUACGAAGAGAUUGACAUGAUAACAAAGGGCGGAAACUAUGGGUGGUCCAUCUACGAAGGCCCGUAUACCUACAAACCAAGCAAUGCCACAAAAGGAAGCACUUUUUCUAGCUCCAAUAGUCUCAUAUUCCCAGUCAUGGGAUAUAACCACUCUGAAGCUGAUAAGAAUAUUGGUUCGGCGUCCAUAACUGGUGGCUACUUCUACAGGUCUCAAACUGAUCCUUGUCUUUAUGGAAGGUACUUGUACAUAGACUUAUAUCCAGAUGGAAUAUGGUCAGGUACUGAAAAUCCUGAAAAUAGUAGAAAUUUCACUAGUUCAAAAAUUCCAUACAGGUGCGCACAUGAUUCUCCAAUACAUUGUGAAUCUAUAGCAGAGGAUGUUGUGCCUGCUAUAGGAUACGUUGUAUCCUUAGGGGAAGACAAUAAAAAAGACAUUCAUAUACUCACAACCACUGGCGUCUACAGAGUUACACGUUCAAGUAGGUGUAAUUACCAUUGUCCCAAAGAAAAAAUUGUAGCUAGUAAACCACCACCUUCUCCUCCUGUUUCUUUAUCUGCAAAAUUAUGCGAGAGUGCGAAACUCUUUGCUCUUCUAAUUUCUUCCAUGAUGCUGCUUUUGUUGAAUCUUGUGUAA